UUCAAAAUGUAUGUAUGGGUAGUAAAACGAAUUUAAAAGAUUCUGACACUUUUACGUGAUUCUAAAUUACACUGUGCCUCAUAUACUUUGUUGAAUGAUAUCGCAAAUAUACACAAUUGAGGUUUGCGAUAAUCGUCUUUGCAGGAACGUGACAGGAUCAUUGAAAUUUGGCGGUAACAUAACCUUAUCGUGACCUUAGUGAAAUAGUUUAUAAAUGAUUUUUUCGGAUCUCCUUUAUUCUAAUACUGCGUGCAAAAUAUGAAGGAGUUGGAGGAGGUCAAUUGCGAGGUUCGCAGCAUUUUAGAUAUUAGGCACUCUGUAUUAAGCUGUUUAAAUAAUGGAGAAGGUGAUGAUGGUGGAUUAUCGAACAAUUCACAAGUAUACAAUGGUUUUGAUAAUCCCUGUGGUGGAUUUUUGAAUGAUGGUACAUACGCUUGGCUGAGCUAUGGUUGUCAUAUAUUAGUUCUAAAUACUAAAACAGGCGAAAGUACCAGUUCAUGGACCUUUCGUGGAAAGAUCACUUGUGUGUGUCAGUUCCCUACACAAUGUGGGGAAUUACCAUUACUUCUUGUUGGUUUAGAUAACAAAGCUACCAGGAUUAAAGAUUCUGUGGGUUUACUAUGUAUCUUUGACUGUUCUACAUCUCGAGUUUUGAGAGCUAUAAGAAUGCCAGCUGGCAUAGAACAGGUUUGCAUUGUGUCUGGAGGUGCAGAAUGGGAGGAAUUUAAUGAUCAGAGACCAGACAAUAUUCUCAUGCAAAUGGAUGGGAUAGCAUGUGUAGUACUGCGUAAUCUUAAUCAUCUCAUGAUUGAUCUUCAAAGAUCUGCUUGGGAGGUACCUGAUUUGUCUCUUAUAAUGGAUGAAACUUCUCCAGCUGAUAUUGAAUAUUUAACAUCAAAAGAUUCUUUUAAUAGACAUCAAUCAAAUAAGAGUAAACACAUGGCUUGUAAUUUGUUGAAUCAACGUAUAGAAAAACAUAUUGGGUUUAACAGAGAAGAAUUUGAAUCAUCCGUUUUUUUAGAUGAAAAGCUAACAAAUACCAUCGUUAGUUCAACGAAGAUUGGAUGUUUAAUAUCUGGAUGUUUAGGUAGAGUGAUAAUAUGGCAAAACAACGGUUCUGUAGGGUGGAUUAGUUUGCCCGUCGACGAAACUAUGAUAGUUACACAUUUAGCACUUUUGGAACCGACCGAUGAUCCUCGACCUUUUUACUAUUUGUGGGUCGUUUUUCAAGACGACUUGUACAAGGUUCCACCGCUAUUAAGAAUGUAUGCCUUAUUAUUCGAACGAAAAUACUGUGAUAGAGGAACGAAUCUGUACUUCAAUUUAGAAGCCGAACCUAGCCUUAAAUUUGAAUUCGAAUUAGAUACAAAUGACAGAGUUGUCAGUUUAUCCACCAUCGAAAGGGGAGCAAAUCCCGACCAAACGGAAUCAGAGUUUAAACGAGGCGAGGACAGUUUACUUCUCGUAUCGACUACUAAUCGCGCAUUGCUAUUCGAUUUAAAUCAAUGGUACAAAGAACAAAUGCCUCAAACUGUCAGCGAAUGCAAAAAUCCGAACAGCAUAUUGGCCAGUUAUAACACGAAAUUACGGCCGUCCAACGUGGCUAGCAAUGAAAUAAUCUGUUGUACUUACAUUCCUCGUACUUUGCAAGAAUUUCCAAAUAACAGUUUAAGUUCGUUGGAAGAAUUAUUCUAUCCGAAUUCAUUGUCGCUCGAAUGGAUAGAAUUGAACAUGACGAAAUUAACAUUCUGGUUAUGCCGCGGUGUCCAGGCCGAACUGCUUCGUGAAAUGGCGCUUGCCGGGCCAUUUGUGUUAACGCAACCAUCCAAAAUGUUUCACAAAUGUCUCUCUGUAGGCUUAGUACCCUUUAAUACGGACGUUUCCUUCACGAGCGAUCAUAAUGUUCAAAGAGAUAUGUUGCUGUCUCUUUGCUUGGAGCAGCGUUGGGCAACAUUUUUGAUAAGAUGCGCUAAAGAAUGGUCGGACGGAAGCGCAGCAUAUAUGUACCCAAGUUUUUUGAAAUGGGGUAUACAACGUGCAUCCUCGAUAAAAAUGAUCGCGGAUAAUUUGUCCAUUCCGUUAUUCGAUCAGUCGGGCAACAAUAUUGGAGAAUCCGAUGUAAAGACCCUUCGAUUUUGUUACCAACAGCUAGAAUGUCUAUCGAACGUGGUAGCAAAGCUGCCUUUCGAAACGAGCAACCUGAUAAAUCAGCGAAGAGUACUUAAACGCGUGUCCAUGUACUUUCAAGUACUCCUCUGGUUCUAUGAUGUAGGCUUGUUGCCCGAAUUACAGGAUUUAGAGGAGGGUCCUCUACCGCUCUCCCUUGCACUGAAGAUUCCGUAUCCGUAUGAAAAAUUGUUUUCCUUAUAUAAGGAAAAGCGAGAGUCGAUCAACAACGACAGACAGAACGGUGAAAAUGAGGUUCUCUUUAUAGAUGAACUAAUAACUCGGGAAUGUCCUGUUUUGACUUUACAGUGGGAAAGGGAAGCUAAUGAUACAUCUACGAAUGGUUACUAUCCGCCUCCAUCGUUGCAGUCAUUGUUAAGAAGUUACUUAACCGACUGUGAUCAAACUGAAUCUAAUGAGAUACAAUGCAAACAUCAGAUCACCAUAUAUCUUCUAAUGGAUUUAGCAAUGCUACUGCAAGGAUCUUAUCCUGGGGUGGACCAGCUGAUUAAGUAUCCUUCCUCAUUUAAGAUGAGCCCCAGCCUUAUAAAGCUUACGCAAGCAUUCUGGCUCCUCGAUCAUGACGAUUACCAUGGAUUCUUGGAUAUGAUGACUGGUCCAUUAAUAUGUGAUUCUGACGUUAAAGACUGGCAUCACAAACUGGUAUUGAGGACUUUAGUAAGGAACGGUCAACAUAAACUGGCUUUGAUGUAUCUACGCGUAAGGAAGCCUCCUUUGUCAUCCAUUCAGGAUCAGAGCACGUUGAUUGAUUUGUCGGUGGGACACGGCUUGGUUCAAUCAGCUUUUCAUCGUAGACCACAGUCCCACUAUGCUCAGCUGUUGAUGUGCUUUUUCCAAGCGUGUAAAACUUACGACAAGCUGGGCGAUAUCUUGCACUUGGCUUUGAGUUCCGCGGAAGAAGAAAUGUUCAUCAAGUUUUUGGAAGAGUCUAAAUCCGAAAAUAUGCGAUUGCUGUAUUAUUUGCAACGUUGCCGUUAUAUGGAAGCUAAUAGCGGUAACUCAAUCGGUAGAUACAACGCUGUUUCCUCGACAAAUCUUCACGCAGAUAUGUUGAACGCUUACAACGCAACUUUGCCUGACGUGGUGAAACGAUUUAACAUUAACAUGGAUAAAACAAACUUAGACACGGGCUUGGAACCGCGGUACCCUAGACCGAUGACCUAUAACAGAAGUUCUCAGUGUACGAGUAUUUAUGAGACUGUUAUCAAAAAGGCAAGGGAGACUUUUCUCAAAGUCGAGAAAUCUGUAAUCCCUUUUAUCACUGCUCCGUGUACGACGUUGAAACUGGACGACAGUUACGUUAACAUUAAUUGCGUAAUGUCCCCGAAAGUUAUACAGACAAAUCGGAAGCGCACUUUGGACGACAUGCAACAAGAGGAAAAUAGCGAAAUAAGAACGACAGAUAAAAUAAAGCGUAGAAAGCUGCUCGACGAAGGAGAGGCAGCUAUAAACGUGGCGUUCAGUACACCUUUAGUAAAACGCAAAGUAUCUAGCAACAGAAACACACCCAUCGAAACUCCUCACUCUAUUUUAAAGAUCAGGCAACUUAUAAGAAGUUCAACAUCGUCUACUAUUAGCCCCGUACAGGGUGAAAUCAUAGACAGUCCAGAAAAGAAAAUCAAUAGACAAAUACGAUUCAACAUUAGUCAGUCAAAGAAAAACAAUUCCUACAGUGAAGUAAAUAGUGAAGAUAACAGUAUAGCUACGCCAAACAUAAUUAAAGGUAGCAACGAGCCAUUCUUCGGUACAACAGUUAAUGAAGAGUCUCUUAUGGAGAGUCCAGCCUUGGCAGAUAGCAGUUAUACUUGUAUAAAUAUACAGAAUGUUCGUCCUAGACCUCAGUUAAAGAAAACCAAUUCCUACAGUGAAGUAAACAAUGAAGAUAACAGUAUAGCUACGCCAAACAUAAUUAAAGGUAGCAAGGAGACAUUCUUCGGUCCAACAGUUAGUAAAGACUCUCUUAUGGAGAGUCCAGUCUUGACGGAUAGCAGUUAUACUUGUAUAAAUAUAUACAAUGCUCGUCCUAGACCUAGUCUCAGAAGAACUAGCUUACAGACAUCCGCAGAAUCAUUACAAGAUUCAUCGGUCAAGUGUUCGAAAACAGGAAGUUCUACGAAUUAUCGUUUGACCGAUUCACUUAGUGUAUUAGAAAAUUGUAAUACGCCGAUUUAUUCUUCGCCGAUACUUUCUCCGCAUAGCAGUUUCGAAAUAAUUUCUUCUGCGAGGAAAUCAAACAAGACACCUAAACUAUAUGCUGAUUGCCCCAAUUCGUCUAAUACUGUUAUAAACAGCCCUAGUCUCAGAAGAACUAGCUUACAGACAUCCGCAGAAUCGCUACAAGAUUCUUCGGUCAAGUGUUCGAAAACAAGAAGUUCUACGAAUUAUCGUUUGACCGAUUCACCUAAUGUAUUAGAAAAUUGCAAUACAUCGAUUUAUUCUUCGCCGAUACUUUCUUCGCAUAGUAGUUUCGAAAUAAUUUCUUCUGCGAGAAAAUCAAACAAAUCGUCUAAACUGUAUGCUGAUUCUAAUUGUCUCAAUUCGUCUAAUACUGUUAGAAACAGUCCUAGAUUCGAGAAAUCUCGCAACAAUGUUGAAGAACCGAUGAAUGUAGAUGAUAAUGAAAAUAAUACCGAAUUGGAGUCAUACGUAGAACGAACUACGUCUCCUGUUAUAGCCAAAUCGAAUUAUGUCCAGUUCACUAGCAGUGACCAGAGAAGUAACGAUAAGCUGAUGGAGGAUGAUCAAAGUAAAUGUAACAAUGGAGACGUUUUAAAGAGCAGAAUCUUGGAAACCGAGAACGAACAGACGAAGGAUAUCAAUUGUUCAACCGAUAGCGAAGAAAACGAUGACAACGAAAAUGAAUUUGAGAGCUUUUCCAGUACGUUACAGAACAAUUCUGGUCUUUCGACAAACAGAGAACGUCGUUCUUGGUCGCUUUACGACGAAUCACAGAAGGAACCGUCUAAGGGUAUCCAUGAACAGGCAGAUCUGAAAAAUAAUGAACAUUUUGACAUCACCGACGACGAGUCCUCGAACAGUGGCGACGAAGUUACCCUGGGUUUUGACGAAACGGAUAACAAAUUUAAGCGAAAGUCGCGAACAUCAUCGAUGCACGUGGAAAAUAUGUACAAUGUUUCAAAUAUCACCGACGAUGAAUCUGAUUUCAGCGAAGAUAUAAAUGAACCCAAAAGAAAAUGUAUUGUAUAUCCAGACACAGAAGAGAGUGUACACAAAGAGUCCAAAUCCUCGACAAAGGAAAAAGUAAAUGUAGAAUCAUACAAGGCAAAGAAAGAGUCGAUAAAUCUUGAUAACAAUAAUUCUAGCAUCAGGGACGAAGUAAAUGAAUCAGUCCAUGAUUCGUCUGUACACAUAAGUUAUAAAGAUACCGUUAGUACUUCUAACUUGGAUGGUGAGUCCUCGUCCAUUAAUAAGAGUGCCAUGCCAAGAAUGACUAGAUCGCGCAGAGCUUCCUCGAUAACAAAGGAAACAAGUUCACCUUCCAAAGUUGCUGCAAGGUCUAUGCCAAGGCGAGCAAGUUCACUGGUAAAAGAAGUUCUGAUCGCGUCUGUCGCUGAGGACGAAGAUUCUAAACGAACAGAUUCGUUUGAAUUGGAAAAUUCGUCCAGCAUCUCCACGCCAAGAAAAGCUAGAGGUAGAAGGGCAUCGUCUGUGUCAAAAGACGUUGUUCCUAAAAAAACGGAAACAGAGGAUGAAGAACCCAAGACACCGGUGAGGCGGAGCACGAGACGCGCUGCUUCUGUGCAAAAAGAAUUGUCAGAACCGACAAAACCCUUAACGAAAACAAGCAGGGCUUUGUCGUCCUCUAGUUUAGUAAUAGAACGCAAGGACGCGAAGGAUCAAACGGAAACUAAAAGUUCGAGAAAGAAAACCUCGACCACGCGUGAAAGAAAAUUAAGUUUAACGUCGUCGAGAUCCACGAAAGAAUCAAAGACAAACGAAGAAGAGAUGGAAGAAGUAAGCGUCGUGAAACCGACGAGAAGACGUAGUAGCUCUGUGCCUAAAGAAAUAGAGGAAAAGGGAAGAGGUCGAAGGUCUAGCAGCGUCUUGAAGGAAACCAUUCCAGAGGGUUAUGAGCUUUCAUUGGACGCUACGAAAGAAAAGCAUUUAGCGAUACCAGCAGUGAACAGUCCAGCGGCAAAUACACGUAGUCGUAGAUCAUCGAUACGAUCGAUACCGGAGGAACUCGAGGAAAUUUUGAGCGUGCCAUCGAAAGAGAGAAUUUCUACCACGGGUAACAGAGAACAAGCUACGCAAAGUGCUCGACAAAGAAGGGCUUCGAGUGUCGGGCUCUCGCGUACAGAAACACUGAAAAGAACUAGAGCUACUCGUAGCAAAGGUGUUCUCAAAGAAGUAAUACCGGAAGAGGAGGUAGCGGAAGUAAAAAAUGAAGCAAGCACGAAGGUUUCUAACGUUAAGAAAGUUUCUGCAAGAAGGAAACGUACAUUGUCGGAGAGAAUUAUUGAAGAAAUAAGCGAGGACGCGCAAAAAACAAGAAGUCGAAAACCGAACGCAAAACAAGACGUUAGCGAUCAGUAUUCGUUUUCGCAGCCAGAGAAAACAGACGAUGCGCCAUUGGAUCAAAAAGCUAUUGGAGAAGUGCCAAAUUACGUGUUCUCGCCACCUCAUACUAGGUCAAGGGAUGUUACUUCCGACCAUCGAAAAUAAAUAUAAUUCUCCUAAUUUUGACCGAAGACGAAGCGGGUUUAGAGAAGGAAGAGGAAGAGGAGAAAAUGUACAGAAAAUUUUACACAUAAAAAGCACCAGUAAUUACGUCUGCAUAACUAUAAAUCGCUGUAG